GAAACAACCAAAAGACCGAUAAUUUCAACUUUAUAAACCUAAAAACAAAAUCACUGCCUCCACCUCUUUCACCUUUACCCUCUUCUUCUUCCCCUCUUGUCAGCCCAAGUUAUUAUGUAUGCUUUUCAUUCUGUCGGUUGACCUUCAAUCUUUUUCAAUUCUGUUUCUAUUUCCAGGCGUUCAUAACCAUGGAUCCAAACCUCAACCAUUUCCCACAAACCCCUUCAACUCAAUUCAACGAUCAGACUUCAUAUCUAUACCCAGAACUCCAAAACAGUUUUGUAUUCAAUGGCCCAUCUCUAAAUCUUGUUCCUUUCGUCGAAAAUUCCCUUUUUCCCUACAAACCAGACCCUUCACCGGCGAUGGAGUUGAAACUGGCCGGAGGUGUUCCCGUGGUGGCUCCAGGGCGGAGCCCUGGUGGUGAUUCUUCCUCAGACGAGAGUGAUUUCAAGGAAAGUGUUCUAAAGUACAUAAGCCAAAUGUUGAUGGAAGAGAAUUUGGAGGAGAUGCCUUGUAUGUUUUAUGAUCCUUUAGGGCUUGAAGUUACAGAGAAAUCAUUCUAUGAUGUUCUUGGUAAUACCGAUAACUAUCCUCCUUCACCUAAUCAACCUCCUCUCUUGGAUUGUGAUAGUGAUCGUGCUAGUACUAAUGUUAGUGUUGGCAAUAGCAAUUCACCUGACUCACAAUCGGUUGUUGAUCCUGGAGACUACAAGUCUUCUAUACUUCAAACGCCCUUUCUUAGUAAUAGUCAUGAACUGGUUAAUGAGUUGUUGGCUCAGAAUAUCUUUAGUGAUAGCAAAUCCAUUUUGCAAUAUCAAAAAGGAUUGGAGGAGGCAAGUAAGUUUCUUCCUGUUGGUAAUCAGUUGAAUAUUGAUCUUGGCAGUGGGAUGGGGACAGGAGUAGUUUCUAAGGUAAUGGAUACAACAGAGAAGGAUCAAAGGGAGAAAUCACCUAAUGGAUCGAAGAGGAGGAAGAGUCGCGAACGUGAAAACGUGGAAUUGGAUUCGGAAGAAGGGAGGAGAAACAAGCACGCCACUAUUUAUAUGGACGAGGAAGAAUUAUCUGAAAUGUUUGAUAAGGUUUUACUUCAUGAUUGUGGAAAUGAGACCACUGCAAAUGGUGGGGGUGAAAAUUUGCAGUCUAAUAGACAAGUUCAUGGAUCGGUUACUGCAAAAGCUCGGGAAAAGAAACAGGAGAAGAGGAAAGACUCUGUGGAUUUGAGAAAUCUUCUGAUAUUAUGUGCACAAGCUGUGUCUUCAGAUGACCGGAGGAUUGCGUAUGAACUACUUAAGCAGAUUAGGCAGCAUUCUGCAACUAAUGGGGAUGGUUCUCAGAGAAUGUCUCAUUUCUUUGCUAAUGCUCUCGAGGCUCGUAUGGUGGGCAACGGCACAGGAAGUAGAAUCUACUAUGAAUCAUUAUCUCAAAGCAACAUUACAGCUGCUGAUAUGUUGAAAGCUUACCAAGUUCACUUAUCAUCCUGCCCUUUUAAGAAGCUCUCACUCUUUUUCAUGAUUAAAAUGAUUUUGAAGGUUGCUGAAAAUGCUAAAAGUCUUCAUGUUAUUGAUUUUGGCAUUUGUUAUGGUUUCCUAUGGCCAAUGUUAAUUCAGUUUCUUGCACAACUACCUGAUGGUCCUCCCAAACUACGCAUUACUGGUAUAGAUCAUCCUCUACCAGGAUUUCGUCCAGCAGAAAAGAUCGAAGAGUCAGGUCGUCGGUUGGCAAAAUACUGUGAACGCUUUAAAGUUCCUUUUCAAUAUCAAGCUAUAGCAUCAAAUAACUGGGAAACCAUCCGAAUUGAGGACUUCAAGCUCGAUAGCAGUGACGUGCUUGUUGUGAACUGUUUCUACAGGUUUAACAACCUACUUGAUGAAACUGUGGAAGAAAGUAGUCCACGGGAUACUGUUCUGCGUUUAAUAAGGAAGAUGAACCCAAAAAUCUUCGUACAUUCUGUGGUUAAUGGAUCCUACCAUGCACCUUUCUUCAUAACACGAUUCAGGGAAGCACUGUUCCACUUCUCUGCACUAUAUGAUGCUCUAGAUGUUAAUUUACCUCGUGACAGCGACGAGAGGAUGAUGCUGGAGAGAGAGUUUCUUGGUCGCCAAAUUAUGAAUGUAGUGUCAUGUGAGGGUGUUCAGAGAGUUGAGAGGCCUGAAACCUAUAAGCAGUGGCAGGUAAGGUGUAUGAGGGCAGGAUUCAGGCAGCUUCCUUUAGACAAGGAGAUCAUGAGCAAGUUUAGGAGCAAAUUAACAUCCUAUUACCACAAAGAUUUUGUACUAGAUGAAGAUGAAGGUUGGAUGCUUCAAGGAUGGAAAGGCCGGAUCGUCUAUGCUUCUUGUUGCUGGGAGUCAGCAUAGAUAUAUUGCUUGCCAUCAAAGCAACAUCGAGAGGGGCAUUCAAUUCCCUUGCAUCCGUUACUGAUAGAGGCCGACCUAGUUUGUGAUAUCUGCAUUUCUUUCUACUCUGAGAAGUUUGAAGGUAACAGUCCUAAAAAAGAGGCUGUCCUUGUCUCAGUUUGUUUCGCUUGUUAGAUCUUAGGCAUUGCCUUGUAACCUUGAUAGGUACUAGUAUGAUGAUCAUGAACUGUGCGAAUUAUAAUAUGUGAUUAGGAGAAGAGUGUUUCUUUGUAUAGAAAAAGGUUAGUCGAUCAGUAAUUUUGAGUCUUUUCCUUUAUCAAAAAAAUGUUACUGAGUGAACUAAUAUUGAAUUGAUGAGUAUAGUACUUGAGAUGAUUUUAUAGGUU